GUUUAAGCUGCACUAUGUAGGCUUGGUAAGGCUAGUUCGCUGGAACUUCUAAUGUAUGGACGGACGAAAGAAAAUGACUAAAGCGAGGUUUCACUGACUGUUUGCAGUUCAUGAGAGGAGAGGUGACUAUUUGGGUCUGAAGAGCAUAGAGUGUACCGGAUACUUUCUCCAGCUGCAUUGAACACCAGGUACCAAGUUAAAAUGGCCAGUGGCCUCUUGAACUUGGUCCUUUUGCUGAGUAUAAGUGGCUGUCUUUGUCAAAGGGAUUGCACUGGCGUGAAUUGUCCUGUACUGAACAACUGCAUCGAAGAGGUCUUGGACACUGGUGCAUGUUGCGCCACCUGCGUGCAAACAGGCUGCAUGUGCGAGGGCUACCAGUAUUAUGACUGCAUCAGUGCUGGCUUCAGAAAUGGUAAGGUUCCAGAGGGCGAGUCGUACUUUGUGGAUUUUGGAAGCACCGAAUGCUCCUGCCCGCAGGGCGGAGGAAGGAUCAGGUGCCAUUUUAUUCCAUGCCCUGAGAUUCCAGCUAACUGCAUCCAAUUGACAGAACCGGCAGACGGGUGCAUUCAGUGUGAGCGCGUUGGAUGCGUUCACGAGGAGCAGAAGUAUGAAGCAGGACACUCUUUCCAAAUUGACCCCUGCCAAGUCUGCCACUGCCCGAAUGAUGGCGGGAACCUAAUGUGCUAUCCAAUUCCGAACUGUGACCCAAGUAGCGUUCUGAAGCCUAUGCUCGAAACAACAACUGAAGAAAGCACACCAGAGAGGCGCUACAGAGACCCCAUACAGCACAUUUUUAACCAUCAAGGUUCUAGGGGUGCCUUUACAAAACACCUUCCCGCUUUGCACAGUGAUGGAAAUCGUUCUUUAAAGCUGCGCCCGAGCCAAGUGGGUGAGGAGGUCGAGGAUGUAGAAGACUAUGAUUAUCCACCCACUGAUUCUUUAGAUCCAUCUCUGCGUGAUUUUGCCUUUCCUACUGAGUCAUCCAUCACUUUAACCCCCCACCAGGCCUUCCACAGGGGAGCCAAACAAGAACUAAGGGAGAUGUUUGGUUUUCGUAAAUCCACAACAGACAGGCCAGAGCUUCCCUUCCAUAAAGAUGAUACAGACAGGAUGAAAAUUGGCAUUCAUAAAGACAAACCAAAUAAAGAGCUAUUCAGCCCUCUGAAAUUUAAAACAGACCUAGAACAAUUCAUCCACCCUGUGGAAACUACAAACAGAGUGGGAUUCUCCAAUCACAAAGAUGCCACAGAGACCCAGAGCUUUAGUCUGUACAAAGACAACUUAAGUCAGGAGGCUUUAACUGACAUGGACAGCAAUAUUGAUAAUGAGCUGCUUGCAUAUCCUACAGAAACUACUGAUGGGGAUAUUGUUUAUUCACUGGAAGACACUACAUACAGUGAAGUGGCUACAGACUCUCCAAUGACUGUUGAGGAAACCACAGCUUCAUGGCACACCGCUUGGAAUAGCGUAUCAAAGAGUUCGAUUAAUAUACUUCUCCCCAAUACAGUGGAAACAGACAGCUCCAAACAAGAGGAAAGCACGUCAAAGGAUGAAGUAGCCAUUUUAAAUGAAACUGCAAGCGAUGAUGGCAUUCCACCAAUCGACGUUGAUGAGAAUGAAAGUCUCCUGAGCAGUCCAGGUCCUGUUGAGCAAAGUGUGACUGUGUCAGGUAUUGACCCCAGCGAAACUUUACCAACACCUUUAGAGGACCACAGAGAACCUUCUGUAGACCAUAAACAACAUCAUGUAGAACACAGAAAACCUGCAGCAGAACAUGUGCAGUCCUUUGAAGAAAACAAUACCAAGCUUGACGGGAAACAUGAGUGGCAGUUGCUCUCUACUGUCAAGUUUAGUCCAACCAGCCCACCUCCUAACAAACAGUCCCACAGUUUGUUUAACUUCAGAGAGGAGGAAGAGGCAGACAACACCCUCGGCUCUCAUUCCAGGAUGGAGGAGGCUCCAGGUUUGGUGGAGAGCUGUUGCGUGGCUGGACAGAAAUGGGCCGAGGAGAAGCAGCACUGUAACCAUAUGCCUGUCAAAACAAAAGACCUCAGCUCUGUGUGUGGUGUUGUCCAGAAACAAUGCUGUACAGGUGCUCUGAGAGAGAGCAGGUGUCAGGCUGGCAUGAACGCAGCGAAGGCCGGACUGGUGUGUGAGGGAGGAAACAGCACACUCUGUGAAGAAGACUCUCAAAGGGAUUGCUGCAGCUGCUGUGCGUUGGGUCUGCGUCUGCACAAGGAAGGCAAAGGAUGUGAAGCGCAUCAGUACCUGAGCUACCCAUGUGGACACGUCUUCCUCACAUGCUGUGAAGAAGAGGAGGGGCUUACUUCGCCCACACUGAAGAAAAAAGAUAGGCCUCAGCCAACCACCCUUCCUAAGAGAGUUUCAGACAGUCAAUUCCCGAAGCAAGCGCUGUCUGUUGGAGAUGUGGAUCAUGCAGCAAAUUCACUAGAGGAUCUGGAGCAUGAUGACAGGUGUCAGAGGUCCCCAUCACUCUGCCAUCACACCUGCAUCAACACUCGUGACUCCUACAUGUGUGGCUGUCACCCUGGAUACACACUCCUGCAGGAUGCACACACCUGUGUAGCAGAUAACCAAGAGGAAGACAACAGAGUCAGUGAGGAAGACAGGCUGACCUCAAUAACCCCAGCAAGACAAGAAACUACCACUCAAAUCCCAGUGUUACGUAAUCCAUGCGCAGGUAAUGGUCUGUGCUCUCAGCAAUGUUCUGUGAUCAGAGGACUUGCCCAAUGCUCCUGUUUUCCAGGAUACUCUCUGAUGGCCAAUGGACACACAUGUGAAGAUGUGAAUGAGUGCACAGGCGGCAGACACAACUGCUCCCUGGAAGAGGUGUGUGUGAACCGAGAGGGCUCCUACCAGUGUGUGCCACUGAAUGAGAUGUGCGAUGAGGGCUUUAUUCACAACCAAAAUAGAGAUUGUGUGGAUGUGAACGAGUGUUUGACGGACACACACACCUGCCAGACGGACGAGCAAUGUGUGAACACAGUGGGAGCAUUUAUGUGUGAGAGGAAGAUCUCAUGUCCGAGCGGCUACCAGCAGAGAAAUGGAGUAUGUGAAGACAUUGAUGAGUGUGUGAUGCGUACUCAUAACUGUGGGAUAGACCUCCAGUGCCAGAACACUGAUGGCUCGUUCAAGUGCAACCUGAAGCAACGCUGCCUCACAGGCUUCACUCAGGACUUACAGGGCAACUGCAUUGACAUAGAUGAAUGCAGCAGUGUGAGAGAACCAUGUACUGCUGGCUUUAACUGCAUAAACACAGUGGGCUCAUACACCUGUCAACGCAAAAUUAUCAUAUGCAGUCAGGGUUAUCAUUCCAGCCCUGAUGGAGCACGUUGCAUUGAUGUGGAUGAAUGUCAGACCGGCACCCACCGCUGUGGACAGGGCCAGAUCUGUCACAACCUGCCUGGCAGCUACCGCUGUGACUGUCAAACUGGAUAUCAGUACGAUGCCAUUCGCCAGCUUUGUGUGGAUGUAAAUGAGUGUUGGCGGUACCCGGGCCGCCUGUGUGCCCAGACCUGCGAGAACACGGCGGGCUCCUACCAGUGCUCCUGUACAACUGGCUUCUCCCUGGCCUUCGACGGCAAGAACUGUGAAGAUCUUAAUGAAUGUGACAACAAUCCCUGCAGUCAGGAGUGUGCAAACAUCUAUGGCUCUUACCAGUGUUACUGCCGAAUGGGCUACUUCCUGAAAGAGGACGGACACACAUGUGAAGAUAUUGACGAAUGUUCACAGAGCAUCGGAAACCUCUGUGCGUUCCAGUGUGUGAAUGUCCCAGGUAGCUACAAAUGUGCCUGCCCUGCCCAUGGUUACUCAAUUUCAACGAAUGGACGUACCUGUCAAGAUAUUGAUGAAUGUGCCAUUGGAACACACAACUGCUCUGCUUCCCAGACCUGUUUCAACAUUCAGGGAGGUUUCCGUUGCUUGUCCUUUACAUGUCCAGAGAACUACAGGAGAGUGUCGGACAUACGCUGUGAGCGAAUACGUUGCCCCAACUUCCAGCAAUGCCAGACCAUGCCAUUGCGCAUCACAUACUACCAACUGAGCUUCCAAACCAACAUCGUAAUCCCCGCUCAGAUCUUCCGUAUCGGACCCUCGCCCGCCUACUCGGGCGACAACAUCAUCAUUAGCAUCCCACACGGCAACGAAGAAGGCUACUUCAGCACACGGAAACUUAACAGCUUCACGGGCGCCGUGUACCUGCACCGCCAGGUGCGUGAGCCGCGGGACUUCCUCAUCGAUGUGGAGAUGAAGCUGCUGCGUCAAGGAACUUUUACAACUUUCCUGGCCCGAAUCUACGUGUUCAUCACAGCAAACUCCAUGUGAUAUUCUUCUGCUCUUCUGUGACGCCUUUGAUUUCAUGUGGUGCUCAACUCUUCAAGCUUCUGCCUUGAAGUUGUUUGUCAUCUGGCAGUUCUGUAGACUUCUGUUUGGCUAAUGGAUUUUGCACGCAGAUACUUUGAUGGGACUCUCCCACUGGGAUCCAACCGCUUGUUUUGAGUAGAGUGGGAACAAACAGGAUGGAGUGCAGAGACUGACAGAAACACUCGGCUUUUAAAAGUCCUAGUUUUUCCUCUUCAGAUGUAUUGAAAGUAUUCUACACCAGAUGCUAUUUAUACUGUACCAAUUUAUCUUGAUUGCCUGAAAUAGCUUUUUAUAGCACUUCCUUACUUUUCUAACAACAAACUUUUUCUCCUCUGGGGUUGGCAGAAUACAGUUGAAGCAGAGUUAGACAUUUCACAAAAUUGUAAUGCUGUCACAGUUCCUCUGUUGGCCCUUAAAGCACUGUGUCACCUCAUUUGAACGUCUCGAAAUUUCACAGCUCAUUUAAAACAACUAAUAAAGUGUAUUUGAAAACGUAUGCAUCAAAACUCAAGAUCAAACCCAGACUACAAAAAAAAAAAAAAAACAUUGUGUGAUUAUAUCUGUAAUCAUUGUGUUAAACACUUGCAAUUAAAAGGAUGUAUGUUUUUUUUA